AUGGCAUCAGCUUAUUGCAAUGGCUGCAUCUUUGCUAAUGAAGAACUACCGCUGGACUCUUUUAAGGCCUGGCCCUGGGAAUCAGCUGCGGGAGUUUCAGCACUGGCCAAGGCAGAUCUUUUCUACACAGGUAUAAAGGACAUCAUCCAGUGCUUUUUCUGUGGAGGGUGUUUAAAGAAGUGUCAGGAGGGUGAUAACCCACUAGAUGAUCACACCAGAUAUUUUCCCAGUUGUCCAAUUCUCCAAAAUAUGAAGUCCUCUGUAGAAGUGAUUCCAGACCUUCAGAGCCAUGGUGAACUUUGUGAAUGAAAAAUGAAACCACAUGAAAGCAGUCUUAAAGAUUCAAUAGCAGUUGAUCCUACAGUGCCAGUGAUGGCAUAGGGUGAAGCCCAAUGGUUUCAAAAGGCAAAUAAUCUGAGUGAGCAGCUGAGAGCAGCUUAUACCAGCACCAGUUUCUGCCACAUGUCUUUGCUUGAUAUCUCUUCCAGUCUGGCGACGGACCACUUACUGGGCUGUGAUCUGUGCAUUGCUUCAAAACACAUUAGCAAGUCUGUACAAGAGCCCCUGGUGCUGCCCGAGGUCUUUGACAACUUGAAUUCUGUUAUGUGUGUGGAGGGUGAAGCUGGGAGCAGAAAGAUGGUCCUCCUGAGGAAAACAGCUUUCCUGUGGGCAUUCGGAUGCUGUCCCAUCAACAGGUUCUAGCUCGUUUUCUACCUCUCCCUUAGUUCCACCAGACCAGACUAGGGGCUGGCCAGUGUCGUCUGUGACCAAUUCCCAGAGAAAGAAGGAUCUGUUACUGAAAUGCACAUGAGGAACAUCCUCCAGCAGUUAAAGAAUCAGGUCUUAUUCCUUUUAGAUGACUACUAAGAAAUAUGUUCAAUCCUCCAAGUCAUAGGAAAACUGAUUCAAAAAAACCACUUGUCACAGAUAUUGAUUACUGUCCGUAUAGACAGGGCCAGGGAUAUCUGUCGAUACCUAGAGAUGAUUGUAGAGAUCAAAGUGUUUCCCUUUUAUAAUACUAUGUAUAUAUUACAGAAGCUCUUUUCAUGUAAUAUGACUUGUCUGCAAAAGUUUAUGGUUCACUUUGGAGUGAAUGAAGCUUUGCAGGGGAUACAGAAAACACCCCACUUCGUGGCGGUGAUCUGUGCUCGUUGGUUUCGGUAUCCUUUUGACCCAUCCUUUUAUGAUGUGGUUGUUUUCAAGUCCUAUAUGGAAUGCCUUUUCUUAAGGAACAAAGUGACAGCUGAACUUCUCAAAGCAACUGUGAUGAGCUGGCCUUGAAAGGAUUUGUUUUCAUGUUGCUUUGAGUUUAGUGAUGAUGAUUUGCAGAAGCAGGGGUUGAUAGAUCUAACCAUGUGCUUGAUGGGCAAAUUUAUAGCGAGACUAAGAACAUCCUAUUGGUUUUUAAAUCCUGCAUUCCAAGAAUUUCUUGCAGGGAUGAGACCGAUUGAACUCCUGGAUUCAGAUAGGUAGGAACAUCAAGAUUUAGGACUAUAUUAUUUGAAACAAAUCAACUCAUCCAUGAUGACUGUAAGCGCCUACAACAAUUUUUUGAACUAUAUCUCCAACCUCCCUUCAACAAAAGCUGGACCCAAAAUGUCUCAUUUGCUCCAUUUGGUGGAUAACAAAGAGUCAUUAGAGAAUAUAUCAGAAAAUGAUGACUACCUAAAGCACCAGCUGGAAAUUUCACUGAAGAUGCAGUUAGUUAGGGGAUUGUGGCAAAUUUGUCCACAAGCUUACUGUCCAUUUGUUUCAGAACGUUUACUGGCUCUUGCCCUAAAAAUUGCUUCUCAAAGCACUGUUGCUGCGUGUUCUCCAUUUGUUUUGCAAUUCCUUCAAGGGAGAACACUGACUUUGGAUGUACUUAAGUUACAGUACUUUUUCGACCACCCAGAAAGCCUGUCAUUGUUGAGGGGCAUCCAGGUCUUGAUAAAAAGAAAUAAGAGGUCACCCAGAACAGAUUUUUCAGUCCUGGAAACAUGUUUGGACAAAUCACAGGCACCAAUUAUAGAUCAGGACUAUGCUUCUGCCUUUGAACCUAUGAAUGAAUGGGAGCGAAAUGUAGCUGAAAAAGAGGCUAGCAUAAAGAGUUGUCUGAAUAUCCAGCGCAGGGCACCACCAGACAUCAGUACUGGCUAUUGGAAACUAUCUCCAAGGCAGUACAAGAUUCCCUGUCUGGAAGUCCAUGUGAAUGAUACUGAUGCUGUAGACCAGGAGAUGCUCAGGAUUCUAAUGAUGGUUUUCUCAGCUUCAGAGUGCCUCAAACUCCAUUUAAACCACAGCAGAGUCUUUAUUGAAAGCAUCCGCCCAGCUCUUGAGCUGUCUAAGGCCUCUGUCACCAAGCACCCUGUAAGCAAAUUGGAACUUGGCACAGCCAAACAGGAACCCCUUCUCAUCCUGCCUUCACUGGAAUCUCUUGAAGUCUCAGGGACAAUCCAGUCAACAGACCAAGUCUUUCCUAAUCAGGGUAAGUUCCUGUGCCUGAAUGCUGUGAAUCUGGAAGGCAAAAUAAAUUUUUCAAUCAUUCCUGAAGAAUUUCCAAACUUCCACCAUACGGAGAAAUUACUGAUCCAAAUUUCAGCUGAGUAUGAUCCUUCCAAACUAGGAAAAUUGAUUCAAAAUUCUCCAAACCUUCAUGUUUUCCAUCUGAAACGUAACUUCUUUUUGGAAUUUGAGUCUCUCAUGACUUUACUUGCUUCCUGUAAGAAACUCACAGAAAUUUUUUCUGAUUCUUUUUUUAAAGCUGUCCCAUUUGUUGCCAUUUUGCCAAGUUUUAUUUCUCUGAAGAUAUUAAAUCUUGAAAACCAGAAAUUUCCUGAGGAGGAAACAUCUGAAAAAGUUGCCUACGGUUUAGGUCCUUUUAAUAAUCUGGAAGAAUUGAUCCUACCUCCUGGGGAUAAACUACAUCGACUGACCAACAUCCAGCAGUGUCAGCAGCUUCACUGUCUCCGAGUCCUCUCAUUUUUCUAGACUUUGAACGAUGACAGUGUGGUGGAAAUUGCCAAGGCAGCAAUCAACGGAGGGUUCCAGAAACUUGAGAACUAUCUUUCAAUCCGUCACAAGAUUACAGAGGAGAUCAGAAAUUUCUUUCAAGCACUGAACAAGCCAAACUUGCAGGAGUUGAAUAUCUCCAGGCAUUUCACGGACUGUAUCAAAGCUCAGGCCUCAACAGUCAAGCCUUUGAGUCAAUGUGUGUUACGACUGCUGUGCUUCAUCAGACUGAACAUGUUAAGCUAGCUCCUGGAUGCAGAUGAUAUUGCAUUCUUUAAUGUCAUGAAAGAUAGACAUCCUUAAUCUAAGUACUUAACUAUUCUCCAAAAAUGGAUACUGCCAUUCUCUCCCAUCAUCAUUCAGAAAAAAAAAAUAAGAUUCAGCUUAAAAUUGCUGAAUCAAUAAUUUGCCUUGUGGCACACUGAGGAUGAAAAAAAUUUGUCAAGUAAUGCUAAAAACAGAAUUAUCCAAAAACA